AAGUCCAAGUUCAGUGCAGAGGCCAUACAACUUGAAUCGUCUUCAUUCAAUUCUGGCCUUAAUUUUGGUAAUGCAAACAUUAUUACAUUGACAUUAUACCUUUAAAUAUUACAUGUUUGUUUAGUGAAAGUAUAAACAACUGGCCAAGAGGAUGUUUGUUCUACAAUCAGGUCAUGAAAAAAAUAAUGUGUUUGUGCAUCUUGAAUGAAACUGCAGCUAAUUUUGUACGUUUAUUGCAUAAUAGACCUAUUCUGCUAACUCAGUGUUGUACCCAAUUCAAGUCUCCCGGGGUUAAUUGAUUCUUUGUGUAUUGUAUUUGCAUUAUAAUGUGGCAUUCACAUUUAAAGGAUAUGGAAAUUCCUGAAACAAAAUGUUUUAUUCCCAAAGAGUUUGAAUUGGGUACAGCAUUGAGUUAGCCAAAUAGGUCCAUGGACAUCUGAGGCACUGUUAAGUUGAAAUUCCAACAAGUGAUGUACAUGUACCUUAUCGGCACUUACAUGUAAUUUCGCAGUUACAGUUUAUAGUAGAACCUCAAUAACUCCAACUCGGAUAACUUCAAUUCCCUUAUAACUAGAACUAAAUUUCCUUUCCCUUGAACAAAAUUUCACUGAAAUUUACCCCAUUAACUCGAAUUCCCCUCUAACUCAAACUGUUUCUCAUUUUCCUUCCGAGUUUGAGUUACUGGGGUUCAACAUGUACUGUACUUAAUUUCAUGAUUUUCAAGAAACAAUAUUUCUUGGGGUUUUAUUUUCGUGAUUAUCAACGGUUAGCUAUGAAAAAGGGCAUUAAAUUUUGCGAUUCUAAUGUUCUCAACUUCAUUUUAUUUUCAAAAAGCCUGAAUUUUUUGUUUCAUUUUUUAUGGUUUUUAGAGCUUUCCGAAGAGUUGCAGCAGCUUCAGGAAAUGGCAAGAAAGUUCAGUCAUGAGGAAAUUGUUCCUUUUGCUGCUGAAUAUGACAAGACUGGUGAGGUAAAAAGAGAAUUUGUUUACUUUACAUUGUACAUUGUACAUGUAGUUUGUCAUCUUCUUCCUUCUUUCCUUUUGUGUUAAACAAAAGUGUUUGUUUUUCAGUAUCCCUGGGAAAUCAUCAAGAAGGCACAUUCUCUCGGACUAUUGAAUGGCCAUAUCCCAGAGAGUUGUGGUAAGUAACUGCUGAUUAAAAAUAUCGGUUUGGCUUCAAUGUCUGUUUAUUGUGUUGUUUGUACUUUAAGAACUCCAAUCAUUAUUGAGAAAAACUGACAGGUUUAAGGGACUUGACCCUGUACACAAGUGAAGAGAGUCUGGUAUUGCAAUGAUUAUUUGUACAUGUAUGCAGGAAUUUUUGCACCAAGAAAUUGAAAGCUGGCAACCUAAAUUUCAAGGCUAGUCAUAGGCAACUGAACAAGUUUGAACAGCCACAUUUUAACCAUGUUUUUAACUAAUGCUUACAAUAUGUUUUCAGGUGGAACAGCUCUGGGGGUCCUUGACGGAUGUGUGGCAACAGAAGAGUUGGCCUAUGGUUGCACUGGAAUUCAAACUGCGAUUGAAGCUAAUUCUUUGGCAGUAAGUUGCCAUUGUAUUCGUGUGAUGAUUUUAAAAAAAUGGUUUUAGCAUAGGAAAAUUUCUGAAGCUGUUUUACAUGAUUUUCUGUAACAUAGCAUUUUUUCAUCCACAGAAUCAAAAAAAGUUACACUAACAUUACAUUUCUGUUCCCAGCAUAAUGGUAAUUCUUGUAUUGAAAGGAUCAAAGAGUAGGGAGAUAGCAGUAAUGCUUCCAUACCAUGUACUGUUCUGGUCCUUUGAGCUAUUUAACACUGUCACCCAUUUAAGAUUUCUUUUCAAGAAUGUGACAUUUAUUGGGUGUUGAGGCCAGGGCUAAUACCAGAAUUUACUGUUUAUUCAUCCCAAAUUUUGUUGUUAUAAGGAAAUGCCUGUUAUAUUAGCUGGUAACAAAGAACAACAGAAGAAAUAUCUUGGGCGCAUGGUGGAGGAACCUCUGAUGGCG